CAACCACGUCCGCGACUCGGGCAUUAUCGGCUUGUUCAUUGCAGAGAAAGGGGAUCAUCGUCGUGCGGACUCUCGUCGUCCCGGCGUCACAAAAUGCAGUCCUUCUGCUCGCUUCUGCUUCUGCUUGCGGUCACGCUCGUCACCGCGGAGGUCUACUACGAGGAGAAGUUUCUCGACGACUCGUGGGAGAAGAACUGGGUGUACUCUGAACACCCUGGGAAGGAGUUUGGAAAGUUUGUUCUGAGCCAUGGAAAGUUCUGGAAUGAUCCUGAGAAUGAUAAAGGUAUUCAGACGUCUCAAGAUGCCAGAUUCUAUGCAGUGAGCACAAAAUUCAAGCCUUUCAGCAAUAAAGAUAAGCCCCUUGUUAUUCAGUUCACUGUGAAACAUGAACAGAAUAUUGACUGUGGUGGUGGAUACCUUAAGGUAUUCGACUGUUCAUUGGACCAGAAGGACAUGCACGGAGAUAGUCCAUACCAAAUUAUGUUUGGACCCGAUAUUUGUGGACCUGGAACAAAGAAAGUGCACGUGAUCUUCAGCUACAAAGGCAAGAACUUGUUGAUCAACAAAGACAUCCGUUGCAAGGAUGACAUCUACACUCACCUGUACACUCUGAUCGUCAAGCCGGAUAACACGUACAAGGUUCUCAUUGACAACGAAGAAGUCGAAUUUGGUGAAUUGGAAGCAGAUUGGGACUUCCUCCCACCAAAGAAGAUCAAGGAUCCGUCCCAAAGCAAACCUAAGGACUGGGAUGACAAGCCUACCAUCCCUGACCCUGAUGACCAGAAACCAGAAGACUGGGACCAACCAGAACAUAUUCCUGACCCUGAAGCCACCAAACCAGAGGAUUGGGAGGAUGAAAUGGACGGAGAAUGGGAGGCUCCUCUGAUCAACAACCCCGACUACAAGGGUGAAUGGAAACCAAAACAAAUUGAUAACCCCAACUACAAAGGAAUAUGGAUUCACCCAGAAAUCGACAAUCCUGACUACACGCCCGACCCCGAGCUGUACAAGAGAGAUGAGAUCUGCGCCAUUGGUUUCGAUCUUUGGCAAGUCAGAUCUGGCACCAUAUUUGACAACGUCCUCAUCACGGACGACCCAGAAGUCGCUCGCAAGUUCGGCGAAGAAGUCUGGAAGCCCACUAUUGAGGGUGAGAAGAAGAUGAAGAGCGCGCAGGAUGAGGAGGAGAGAAAGCAGAGAGAAAAGGAGAGCAAAGAGAAUGAAGACAGCAAGGAUGAGGAUGAGGAUGAGGAUGUAGAUGAGGAGGAGAAUAAUGUCCCAGACGUUGAAGAGCACGACGAAUUGUAAAGUACUUUGUCGUGAUCGACACGAACACAGACUGUAUUCCAGGAGCUGUGUGGCCGCGACACGCACUAAGAUUUUCCAAAUGCAAACGUCACAGUAAUAAAGAUCAUUGUUGCCAAACGAACAGGGGCGAGAAAACGCAGACUUUGGACACCCUCG